CUAUUGACUCCGUUCCCGAACUUCAUUGGGACGAGCGCGGAACGGGUAUCAUUAAAUCCGCGUUGUGGUGAAAGAUAAUUAACGUUUUUCAUGUGGGCUGCGGUAUAAUUACUGAAAAUUGGAGAAAAUUAAUUUCUUGCUGAACCUGUUUGCCAAAGAGUAAUUCAUCAUGUCGGAGACGCGUAAAAACCAUCUCACUAUAGAUGGUGCACAAUCCAAAGAAGAGGACCACGUCGCCUCUUAUAAACCUAUCCCGGAAUCCGAUACAGAAUUCCGUACAUCAAAGUCGAGUCUGCACAAGUCCAGGGACAAGGUCUCCGCAGACGAGGCCGAAGAGAGACUACUACAGAAGGAGGAGGAGGCGAAGAUAACGACCAGGGUCGACAUGGCGGACGCCAAGUUUGUGGUCGAGGAUCACAGGAACGGGGACGCCAAGAUUGAGCUGGACGCGAACAAGAGGUUCACGGGCCUGACCAAGGAGGAGCUGAUGAAGUACGCGGACGACCCGUUCUGGGUCCGUCUCCGCUGGUUCAUGUUCGUGUUGUUCUGGUCUCUGUGGCUGUGUAUGCUGGCCGGGGCCAUAGCCAUCAUUGUGAGAGCUCCCAGGUGUGUCGCGCCGGAGCCUAAGACCAGGUACGAGACAGGUCCUCUAGUUGAUCUGGAUCUCGCUGACUACACCACGGCGGAGUCUCAUCUAGACACUCUCCAGCAAUACCAGGUGUCUGGGCUGUUCGCCUCCACCUGUCAGACUACCUACGAGGUGCUCGAAGACAGCUCCUGUCUAGACAAGUUCAAACAGUUUGCUGAUAAAGCCAAGAACUAUGGAAUCAAGGUCAUAGUAGACCUGACAGCCAACUUCGUCUCCACCAGUCAUCCUUGGUUCCAACAGAGUGAGAACCGUUCAGAGCAGUUCUCGGAGUACUUCAUCUGGGUGAAGAGUGAUGAACAUGAUCCCGAACUCAACACCACCAUACCCAAACCACCUAAUGAUUGGGUGUCCACAGUGAACACUGGUGCAUGGUCUUGGAGUGAGAAAAGGAAGGAAUUCUAUCUUCACCAGUAUGGCGAGGGACUUGCUGACCUCAACUUCCACAACCCUAAUGUAGUCAAACAGUUUGAUGAGGUCAUCAGACUGUGGAUGAAGGCCGGAGCCGGUGGCAUCAGGUUGCACAACGUCCGUCAGCUGUUAGUGAGCAGUCCUCCUCUGUCUGAGCUGCCUCACACGGGCGCCGGGAGCACGCCGGGGGCGGACCACUCGCAGUACCCCUUCUGGAGACACUCUCGGACUUCGGACCAGCCACAGCUGGACUCGCUGCUGGCUCACUGGUCGUACAUCGUGGAGCAAGCUUCCUCUGAGCCGACGGUGUUCACGUUAGCGGAACCUUCCCGGCCGGAGCUGUUCAUGCUGCAAAGGAACACGAGUUGUCUCCGGCCCGCCAGCGGGGCACCCGUCGACCUGGCGCGGCCCGGGGCGGCCAAGCUCCUCGCUGAGCGACUGUCCCGCUGGCCCGCCAUACAGUUGACUGAUGAUAAGUCGGACGAGGAGACGGCCGUGUUCUCCAUGCUGCUGCCGGCCGCACCUGUCAUGGUCUUGGAACAACUGGCUGGGGAUGACAAUGAUACUACCCCCAGCGAGAGUUUGAAGCACGCGAUAUCACUGCGUACCGACGCCAGUGUGCAGCACGGAGCGUGGGUUGUGACUGACGCACCCGUUCACAACUCCAGCGACACGAUGCUGGCCGUCGCCAGAUGGAAGGCGGACCACUCCGGCUACGUGUCGGUGUAUAACCCCGGCGCCUCUGGGCUCGUGUCUCUCUCUUCAGUCCGCUCUCUGCCGUCUUCCCUCGCGGUGCAUCACGUGUCGAGGAACACCAAGCUCGCCUCCAAUUACACCAGUAACCAGGCCGUGGAGACGGCGAGCGUGUUCGUCCCGGGCAAGUCGGCGGUGAUCUUCUCGUACGUGCCGAAAGAUGGCGCUGAAAACUGAGAACUACACGUCGCGUGCGCUUCAGCCGCUUGUAUUUAACGGCCUUUUGUUUGCAUUUUCAUUUGUAUUUUUAGUUAACGUGAAUAUAUGCUUGGCAAUUUA